AGGCAUGUCAGGGGCUCUAUGAGUAGAGUUACUAUAUCGGCUCAGUCCACACUCUAGGUACAACACCGGGUGCAGCAGAGACGAUGUCUGUGGUCCCACCUCCAGUACUGUAUUCGGCCACAUGUUCAAGUUGUAGAUGCUUGUUUUGGGUUUCGCUGCUACCGUCAUCCCUCUCCCCUGUGAAGGCUCUGAGGCCACGGCGUGAGCAUCUGGUGUCGGAUGCGGUAUGGGAACAGCUUGUGUCGUCUGAGAGACGAAGUUGCAAGAGGGCAUCUUUUGCCGGAGGAAGCUAUGACCGGCCUGUACGCCCCCAAGAUAAAGUGCCCCUGUCCAUUGGCAGCCUUAUUUACCAUCAGGUGCUUGGUAGGGGAUGCUUUGGGCAGGUGAUGCUGGCAUCAACAACAUCUUAUAGCGACUUGUUUGCUGUUAAAAUCGUUAUGAAGAGCGAAGUGAUUCGGAAGACCAAAGAGCAAUCACUAAUUGAGCUCUCUGUAUUUCAGCAAGCAAAGAAUUGUGCAUUUCUCACCCAAGCAUACGCUGCCUUCCAGACCAAGUAUCAUCUAUAUUACAUCAUGGAGUACUUACCGGGAGGCAGCCUACAAGAUCACUUGAAUAGAAACUGGCUUCUUUCUAUGGAGAGCACAAGAUUCUAUGCUGCUGAAAUAAGCUGCGGCCUGCAGUUCCUUCAUGACAGGGAGAUCAUACACCGCGAUCUGAAGCCAGAUAACAUCUUACUGGACAGUAGAGGCCACCUAAAGAUCGCGGACUACGGCCUCGCUACCCUGAGCAUGAAUGGCCAGCGCUGGGACAGGUCAUUUGCUGGGACUCCGGGUUACACUGCUCCAGAGAUGUUCUUGCGGGAGACAUAUACCUGCGCUGUUGACUGGUGGUCGCUUGGCGUCAUCACAUAUGAAAUGGCCACUGGCGUGCGCCCAUUUCGUGCAUCAACACUGAAGCAUCUUAAAUGGGCUGUGAUAAAUGAUAAACCAGCUUAUCCCACCUGGCUGGACCAUCGGACAGAGGACUUCAUAAGAAUGCUGCUGCGUAAACAACCGUUAAGGCGGCUAGGUGUCUUUGGGAUCAUUCGCUGGCACCCAUUCUUUGACGGUCUCGACUGGGUGGAGCUGGAGCAACAUAAGGUGGAACCCCCCUUCAUUCCAGUGGUGAAACCAUUGGGAGAGUCUCCUCAACCUUUGCCAGGCGCAGACCCAGCUAAUGCCUGGAAACUUUCCAUCUUGCCAGAAGAGCAGAGAAUAUUUGAGGGGUUUUCCUACGUCUGCUCCAAAUUCGCUGCUAAGUGAGACCCGUCCGUUCUGUCCAUCAACGGAUCAACAAGUGAGGAACGCAACAUCACCUCUCUAAACAUCUACAAUAACAACUUUACAAUCUGAAAUAAAAAAUAAAACAACA